CUGUGUCAGUGGCCGAUGUGGACCUGGAGGCAGCAGGAAGCAGGAGGCUCCUGUCCCAGCCGGACAGCCAUGAGGGGUACGUGGAGCUGCACGAGCUGGUCCUGGACAAUGCAAAGGACUUGUGCUGGAUGGAGGCCGGCCACUGGCUCAGCCUGGAGGAGGACUUCCAGGAAUCGGGGGACUGGAGCCAGCCCCAUCUGUCCUUCCUAACCUACCACAGCCUCCUGGAGAUCCGCCGGGCUCUGAGCAAAGGUGAGAAGACCAAGGGGAUGAUGGGGGUGUCGGAGCUGCUCAUCUCCACCUGUGUGCAGUGCGUGCUCUUCAGCCUCCUCAGCGCCCAGCCCCUCCUCGUCGUCGGCUUCUCGGGACCCCUCCUGGUCUUUGAGGAAGCCUUUUACUCGUUCUGCAGCAGCAAUGGCCUGGAGUACAUCGUGGGACGGGUCUGGAUCGGGUUCUGGCUGAUCCUGCUGGUGCUGGUGGUGGUGGCGUGCGAGGGCAGCUUCCUGGUGCGCUACCUGUCCCGCUACACGCAGGAGAUCUUCUCCUUCCUCAUCUCCCUCAUCUUCAUCUUCGAGACCUUCUCCAAGCUGGUCACGAUUUUCAAGCAACACCCACUGAAGAGGGUGUACGCCGUGCAGGCUGAGGUGCAGCCCGGGGUGCCCGAGCCCAACACGGCGCUGCUGUCCCUGGUGCUCAUGGCUGGCACCUUCUUCCUGGCCUACUUCCUCCGCGUGUUCAAGAACAGCUCCUUCCUGCCCGGCAAGGUGCGGCGCCUGAUCGGGGACUUUGGGGUGCCCAUUUCCAUCUUCAUCAUGGCACUGGCUGAUUUCUUCAUCAAUGACACCUACACCCAGAAACUCAGCGUCCCCAAAGGGCUGCAGGUCACCAACGCCACCGCCCGGGGCUGGUUCAUCGACCCCAUGGGGAUCAACACCUCCUUCCCCAUCUGGAUGAUGUUUGCCUCCGUGAUUCCCGCCCUUCUGGUCUUCAUCCUCAUCUUCCUCGAGACACAGAUCACCACCCUCAUUGUCAGCAAGCCCGAGAGGAAGCUGGUGAAGGGCACCGGCUUCCACCUGGAUCUGCUGCUGAUCGUGGCCAUGGGGGGGCUGGCAGCCCUCUUUGGCAUGCCCUGGCUCAGCGCCACCACCGUGCGCACCAUCACCCAC